CAGAAGUUAUAAAUAAACGCCAUCUGACGUGCGCGUCAGUAUUUUAGUUAUUUAUUUAGUUUUGGUGAUUUUGGUAAAGAGACGCUGUGCAGGAGAGGGUGUUGUAAUAACUGUUUUUAAGAAAAAACUUUGUGUGUUGUAUCGUGUCUCAAAAACUAGAAUAGAAAUGGCUUUGUUACUGCCCUUGUUAAACGAACCCCAAAGUCUCAUGUCUACCUUGUUAGGCGGCGACCAUUUGAGGUUAAAAUUGAGCGACGAUGAUUUCCUAAGCCCUCUGAUGCCAAAGAAGACGCGUAGGCAGAUAAUCAGCUCUCCUUAUCUGAGACAUCCAAACUACAAAGGGAAACAUUAUCUGAUUACAAAUGAUAACAAGAAUUUUCAUGUAAAUAUUGACGUUCAGCAGUUCUCUCCGGAAGAAAUUACUGUUAAAUGUAUCAAUAAUGAUACAAUUGUGGUGGAAUGCAAACAUGAAGAAAAGCCUGAUGAACAUGGUUACAUAUCCAGACACUUUGUAAGAAAAUACAAGGUCCCCAAAGGGCACGAUGUAGCGAAAUGUGUCUCUAAGUUGUCUUCGGAUGGAGUACUAACUAUAACUGCUCCCAAGGUGGAGAAAAAGGAAAAUGCCGAGAUUGAAAUACCAAUUACUUUUACAAACCAACCAUCCAGGGUUCAGGAUUCUACUCAAGAAGUGGCCGAAGAGGAGAAAACCAAGAAGCAGAAAUCAUGAGCAGGCAUUUUUUCGAGUUUUUAGCAUUUACUUAAGUUGUCAUUCCACUAACGUUUCAUUUUUCUUAGUUUGUCUUCAUGUGUUUAAAAGACUGAUGCAUUCAGUUUUCUGUAUUUAACCUGUUUGCUUUUGUAUUUGUAUUUUUUCAAUAAAAUGUUUUCAACGAA